AUUAACCAGAUGGAUUUCUCCAAGCUACCUAAAAUACUUGAUGAAGAUAAAGAAAGCACAUUUGGUUAUGUGCAUGGAGUCUCAGGACCAGUGGUCACAGCAUGCGACAUGGCAGGUGCCGCCAUGUACGAGCUGGUGAGAGUGGGCCACAGCGAGUUGGUCGGAGAGAUUAUUCGACUGGAAGGUGACAUGGCUACUAUUCAGGUGUAUGAAGAAACCUCUGGUGUGUCUGUUGGAGAUCCUGUACUCCGCACUGGUAAACCCCUCUCAGUAGAACUUGGUCCUGGCAUUAUGGGAGCCAUUUUUGAUGGUAUUCAAAGACCUUUGUCAGAUAUCAGCAGUCAGACGCAAAGCAUCUACAUCCCCAGAGGAGUAAAUGUGUCUGCUCUUAGCAGAGAUGUCAAAUGGGAUUUUACACCUUGCAAGAACUUACGGGUCGGUAGUCAUAUCACUGGUGGAGAUAUUUAUGGAAUUGUCAAUGAGAACUCGCUCAUCAAACAUAAAAUUAUGUUACCUCCACGGAACAGAGGAACUGUAACUUACAUUGCUCCACCUGGGAAUUACGAUACUUCUGAUGUUGUCCUGGAGCUUGAAUUUGAAGGUGUGAAGGAGAAGUUCAGCAUGGUACAGGUGUGGCCCGUGCGGCAAGUUCGGCCUGUCACUGAGAAGCUGCCGGCUAAUCAUCCUUUGCUGACUGGCCAGAGAGUUCUUGAUGCCCUUUUUCCAUGUGUGCAGGGAGGAACUACUGCUAUCCCUGGGGCUUUUGGCUGUGGAAAGACAGUGAUUUCGCAGUCUCUGUCCAAGUACUCCAACAGUGACGUCAUCAUCUAUGUGGGAUGUGGGGAAAGAGGAAAUGAGAUGUCUGAAGUGCUCCGGGACUUCCCAGAGCUCACCAUGGAAGUCGAUGGAAAGGUCGAGUCCAUUAUGAAGAGGACAGCCUUGGUAGCUAAUACCUCCAAUAUGCCUGUUGCUGCUAGAGAAGCCUCUAUUUAUACUGGAAUUACACUGUCAGAAUAUUUCCGUGACAUGGGCUAUCACGUCAGUAUGAUGGCUGACUCUACGUCUAGAUGGGCUGAGGCCCUUAGAGAAAUCUCUGGUCGCUUAGCUGAAAUGCCUGCAGACAGUGGAUAUCCUGCAUACCUUGGUGCCCGUCUGGCUUCUUUCUAUGAGCGAGCAGGCAGGGUAAAAUGUCUUGGAAAUCCUGAAAGAGAAGGGAGUGUCAGCAUUGUAGGAGCAGUUUCUCCACCUGGUGGUGAUUUUUCUGAUCCGGUUACAUCUGCUACUCUUGGUAUUGUGCAGGUGUUCUGGGGCUUAGAUAAGAAACUAGCUCAACGUAAGCAUUUCCCCUCUGUGAAUUGGCUCAUCAGUUACAGCAAAUAUAUGCGUGCCUUGGAUGAGUACUAUGACAAACACUUCACAGAGUUUGUUCCUCUGAGGACCAAAGCUAAGGAGAUUCUGCAGGAAGAAGAAGACCUGGCAGAAAUUGUACAGCUCGUGGGAAAGGCUUCUUUAGCAGAAACAGAUAAGAUCACUCUAGAAGUAGCAAAACUUAUUAAAGAUGACUUCCUGCAACAGAAUGGAUAUACUCCUUAUGACAGGUUCUGCCCAUUCUACAAGACAGUAGGCAUGCUGUCCAACAUGAUUGCGUUUUAUGACAUGGCACGCCGGGCUGUUGAAACCACUGCCCAGAGUGACAAUAAAAUCACGUGGUCCAUUAUCCGUGAGCACAUGGGAGAGAUCCUCUAUAAACUUUCCUCCAUGAAAUUCAAGGAUCCAGUGAAAGAUGGUGAGGCGAAGAUCAAGAGUGACUAUGCACAACUUCUUGAAGAUAUGCAGAAUGCAUUCCGUAGCCUUGAAGAUUAAACUGUGAUUUUUUUUUUCCUCAGCAAACUCAUGUGUAUAUUUUCCUAAAUUUCUCAUCUCAGACCCUUUGCUUCUUUAUUGUGCAGCUUUGAGACUAGUGCCUAUGUGUGUUAUUUGUUUCACUGUUUAUUUGGUAGGUCUUAUAUAAAACAAACAUUCCUUUGUUCCAGUGUUUGAAGGGCCUCCCUGAUCCUUUAUCUGAAGUGGUGAAUGUAGUAAAUACGAUACAUAACGGCUACACUACUGUAACCUUACAUGUAGGGGACCACCCCAUCCUAGGUGUGCCCUUCCCUCAUCUCCAUUAAACUGUAAACAGGACUACUGCAUGUACUCUUCGCAGCGGAUUUGGAAUAGAAGGCCAGAUUUCUAUAUCUUUUGACAGGUACUUUGUGAAAUGACUCACUAUCUUUGCGGUAAAGUCAUUUGCAACUUAGCAUUUUGCUAAGGAACUGCUUUGCAGGGAAUAUUUACUUUUUAAAAACAUGAAUAAUUAGUGUUCCAAUUAUGCAUUGCUUCUCCCAGGAUAAAUCAGGAAUAUGUAUGGGAAACUGUUGGGAACUAUACUAUUUUUAAAACAGGAAUUUGUGGGGUUCAGCACACUGUAUGCAUUAGUACCCUUUAAAAAAUGAAAAGAACCAGAUGGUCAAGCUUAGAUUAAUAUUGUCUUGUUAAAGCAUACUUUAAAUUACUAGGGAAAAAUUAGUAUCGAGGACUAUUAUAUACUUCAUUACUAGAAAAUUCUUCUUAAAAUUACAUUCAAAGCAAUCACUGAAAACUUGAUCUACAUCACACCUCCUUUCUUUUCCUCAAACAUCUUAGAAACCUCAGCUUCUAAGGAUCAUGUGGCAGUGUGAUGGGCAAAAAAUGCCGUAGGGUAGAUAUUUAGUAGCCGUUAAAGGCCAUAUGCACCUUUACGGACCAGCUUAGGUGUUGUCAUUCUCGGGGCCAGAGUGGCAUUAUGUUUUUACAGAGUAAUGAUUUAUGUCACAUAUUUGCAUGUUUAUUUGCUUAUUGAAUUUUUCAACAACAAGUUUACCAAUGGUAAAAAAUACUGCCUUCUUCCUUGUGGCUUUUGAUUCAAUGGCUCAAAAAGUUUACCGGAAUAUCUAAGGCCAUAGCAUUUUAACAGUUUCCAUUCUGUGUGAUAGGGACGCAAUGAAUUCUUAUGAUUUCUGCUGACAGAAUCUAGGUUAUGUGAAGCAAAAAAAGACUUCAUCCUAUCUUUUAAGUAUGUGUUUAAAAAUAAUAGUUUCUGUGUUUGGAUAGUAAGGCACACUGCAGAGCAGCUCUGAGAACGACUGUUUCCCAUGAACUCUUUCUGACCGAUAGUGCUGCUACCGUUGCUUCCCCUCCGGGAAGAGGAAAGGGUAUGCGAAUGUCAAAUAAUCUCAAAUACCCAAAUAUAAUAGCAUAAAUGAAGUAUUUUAUGCCCUGCGUAUGUUGUUAUUUAGAUUUUUUAAAUACUUCAUCUCUUUUGGUUUAUUAAGGAAAGAUGCAGGCAGUAAAGAAUUCAAGUAUAGUUCUGUUUCGAUCUUUGCAGUUGCGUGUUUUGACAGUGGCCUGUUAUUCUUCCAUACAACUUCUUUUAACCUUUCAGAAUAUCGACAGAUAAAAAUUAUGCGAUAAUUUGAGAUACGGACUUGACGGUGCUGCUUAAUCAGUUUGCUUCCAAUUUGGUCUCCUAUCCAGAGGCCCUAAGACUAGUGGAAAUGAAAAGGCUUUUAAAGACUUCCUAUUUGUACCUUAAACUCACCAUCAAAGUAGGAUUGGGAUAGUAGUGAAUGAUAUGAUGAAGAACGUUUGACCAAGUUUGUUUUUAUUUCUGAGUUUCAUUCUUUUAAGAACAUUGAGGUGUGAGUGUGAAGAUGCUGGAACGUGUGCUCAGACCUCCCUGUAAGUGUCCCUUCACCUCUGUGUUGUAGAAUUUCAGAUUGGUCACUGGUCGUAUUUCUUUAGUAAUCCUGUGUUACAAUUACAACAAUCUUUUGAAAAGAUGAUGCAGUUCUAUAUUUAUUGUGCUGUACCUGGUCCUAAGUGGAGCCAGUUAAAUAAGUUUCCUAUGUAUUUUUCCAGUGUUAAAUCUCACAGUUGUGCCCUUUGGAAUUUCCUUCCAUCCUGAAGAAUGACUAGAAGAGGCCAUAUAUAUUGCCUCCCUACCCUUGAGAUUUCACUAUCUUUAUGUUAAAAGUUGUGUAUAAUUGUUAAAAUCUAUGAAAGAAUAAAAAGUGGAUUUAAAAUAUAA